AUGGGGCUCCAGGAUCGCAGUGAGAAGCUCUUCUACAGAGUGCUCUCUUCCAACAUCGAGCGCUUCAUGCCUGUCAUCUACACCCCGACAGUGGGUCUCGCCUGUCAACAGUACGGCCUCAUCUUCAGACGGCCCCGGGGCCUGUUCAUCACUAUCCAUGAUCGUGGACACAUAGCUUCGAUUCUCCAGAACUGGCCAGAAAAAGACAUCAAGGCUGUGUGUGUGACAGACGGAGAGAGGAUCCUUGGACUAGGGGACCUGGGCUGCUGUGGGAUGGGGAUCCCAGUGGGUAAACUGGCCCUGUACACUGUCUGUGGAGGCAUGCCACCUCAGCAGUGUCUACCAGUCAUGCUGGAUGUAGGAACGGACAAUGAGGCGCUGCUAAAGGACCCACUCUACAUCGGCUUGAGGCAUCGCAGAGUGAGAGGCCAGGCCUAUGAUGACCUGCUGGACGAGUUCAUGAAGGCCGUGUCCGACAGGUAUGGGAUGGACUGUUUGAUUCAGUUUGAGGACUUUGCAAAUAUAAAUGCUUUCCGGCUGCUCAGCAAGUACCGGAACAUGUACUGCACUUUCAAUGACGACAUUCAAGGAACUGCUGCUGUGGCUGUAGCUGGACUUUUAGCUGCUCUGAGAAUCACCAAAAGCAAAAUGUGCGACCACACAAUUGUGUUCCAAGGAGCUGGAGAGGCAGCGAUGGGUAUUGCAGAGCUAAUCUCUAUGGCCAUGGAGAAAGAAGGACUUCCAAAAGAGCAGAGUUUGAAAAAGAUCUGGAUGGUGGACUCUAAGGGCCUCAUUGUCAGGGGUCGAAGCCACCUGACACAUGAAAAGGAGAGGUUCGCCCACGAGCACCCUCAGAUGAACCGACUGGAGGAUGUGGUUCGGGAGAUUAAACCCACGGCCAUCAUAGGUGUGGCAGCUGUACCAGGAGCCUUCUCAGAGCAGAUCAUCAAAGAUAUGGCGUCCUUCAAUAAGAGCCCAAUCAUAUUUGCCCUCAGCAAUCCCACAAGUAAAGCUGAGUGCACUGCUGAACAGUGUUAUAUAUUCACAGAGGGGCGCGGCAUCUUUGCCAGUGGCUCUCCCUUCGACCCAGUAACGUUGCCUGAUGGACGCACCCUGUUUCCUGGUCAGGGAAAUAAUGCUUAUAUUUUCCCUGGAGUAGGACUUGGAGUCACAGCAUGUGGCAUUCGACAUGUUACUGAGGAGGUUUUUCUCACAGCUGCAGAGGCCCUUGCUGAACAGGUGACAGAGAAAGACUUGGCAGAGGGCAGAUUGUAUCCUCCCCUCAGCUCCAUCCAGGAUGUGUCUUUAAAACUGGCUGCAAAGAUUGUGGAGUUUGCCUAUAAGCAAAACUUGGCCUUCCGUCGCCCUGAGCCGGUAGACAAACCCGAGUAUCUGAAGUCUCUGGUGUACAGCACUGACUACGAGCAGUUUGUGGUGGACUCUUAUCGCUGGCCUGAGGACAGCAUGGGUAUACAGAACUGUAAACUUUAA